AUGUCAGAUCUGAAAAUCAUACCAAUUAAUCCCAAAGCUUUGGAUUUGCCAAGUGGAACGGCAAGCUUUGAAGAAAGACGAGCAAUUUUGCGAAAAGAACUCUCAGACAAAAUUCCAAGGAGUCGUUGGUUAGAUGAAAAGGUGGUAUCUAACGCACCAAAAGAUGUAACAGCAAUCAUUGGUGAAAGUGGACUUUUAACCGAGGAAGAAAUUGCUAUUACGGAAAAAUACGAUGCGCCCACUUUGGUCAAACAGAUGAUUGAGGGUAAACUUACUUCUGUUGACGUUACGACUGCUUUUUGUAAACGUGCCGUUAUUGCUCAUCAAUUGACAGGCUGUUUGGUGGACUACUUUGAGGAAGAAGCACUUGAAGCUGCUUUGAAGGCAGAUCAACAUCUCAAACAGACAGGCAAGCCGCUUGGACCUCUUCAUGGCUUGCCCAUCAGUGUAAAAGAUCAUAUGCCGCUCAAAGGUCAUCCAGCCUCGACUGGUUUCCUUUCAACUCGAGAAGAGAAAAGCAAGGAAGACUGUCUGUUGAUCUCAAUCCUACGUAAAGCAGGUGCCAUCUUUUACGUCAAGACGAAUCAACCUCAAGCAAUCAUGCAUUUAGAAUGCACAUCGUUCAUGUUCAGAACUUUGAAUCCGUUCAACACCACCUUGAGCGCGGGUGGUUCAACAGGCGGAGAAGCAGCAUUGAUUGCAUUGCGAGGAUCAAUCUUAGGAUUAGGAACGGACAUUGGCGGAUCAAUUCGUGGUCCAAGUGCAUUUUGCGGUAUUUGGGGUUUCAAACCAAGUUCACAAAUUGUACCUUUGACCGGAAUGCCCGUUGGCGUUCUUUCUGCUCCCAUCAGCAUUGCAUGCUGUGGUGGUCCAAUGACUGUUUCAUUGGAAGGAAUCAAUUAUUUCAUGAAAGUUAUUUUGGACGCAAAACCUGAAUUACAAGACUCUCAACUUUUGCGUUGGAAUUGGCCAACUUCGUUCGUCAAUGCGAGCCCAAAAAAGCUUCGUGUUGGAUUCGUGCUCAAUGAUGGUCAUAUCACUCCUCAGCCACCUGUCACAAAUGCGUUGCUGUGGGCAAGAGAGCUGCUCGAUAAAGCAAAAGACAAGAUUGAAUUGGUUCCUUACACGCCAUACAAUGUUGCAGAAGGUAACAAGCUCUUGCAUUCUUUAUACUACCCUACAGGCUAUACCGAAUUACGUAAAGCUUUGAAGGAUGGUGGUGAGCCAGAGUACUCACUGACGACCAAUACACUACGUGAAACUCGAGAGAAGCCGUUGGAUGCUUUUGAGAUCGCGCGAAAGAAUGCAGACUUACAAGAUUUCCGUGUCAAAUUUGUCGAACAUUUCAAUAAAUUUGAUUUGGAUGUAAUUUUGGCUCCUUGUUUCGUCGGUCCAGCUUGUUCACACGAUACUGCCUUCUACUGGAAUUAUACAUCAAUUUGGAACAUUAUGGAUUGGCCGGGUUGCGUUUUUCCUACUCCAAUUCGUGCAACUGGAAAGGAAAAGUACACCAACGAAGAACAAGCAAAAGAAAUGAGUCUCGAAUCAAGCCGUGUGGUGGAAUUAUGGAACAAAGGUGACUUUGAAGGUGCACCGGUCAAUCUGCAACUAAUUGCGAGACGCCAUUAUGACAAUGAAUUGAUUGAAGCACUUCAUGUGAUUCAAGGUAUUCUCUCUAGCUAG